CGUGCUCUGUGCGCGGCUUUGAUGGAUCCAGCGACGACUAUGACCCGGCCGCGCAAGAAGUCGCGGCAGUCCGGCGGCUCUGGCCGUGUUGGGCAACCGAAACAGAGGGAUGCACUGAAGGAGCAGAGGUUACCUGCCAGAGGAUAUGAGUUGCCGGUGACCAAAAAGCCGUCGGUGCAGUUCGAUGUAGUAGGGCCGACGGGGAAUCCUGUCUCCAGCGGCCUGGCAGCGCUCGCCGUUGGGCUCGCGAGGCGCCUUGCCGAUGGGGGCGUGGAUGCCAACCUAGUCUUCUCGCCGCUGUCCAUCUACACCGCUCUGGCGCUCCUGGCCGCCGGCGCCCGGGAUGCCACACUGGACGAGAUCCUCCGCGCGCUCGGCGCACGGUCGCGCAGCGAGCUCGAGAGCUUCGUGUCACACAUGGCGGCGGACGCACUCCAAGACAGGUCCGCCGCGGGCGGCCCGCGCAUAGCAUUCGCGUGUGGCAUCUGGAGCGACCUGACGCGGCGUCUGAAGUUGUCCUUCCGUGAGGCCGUUGUGGGCACGUACAAGGCCGAGGCCAGCAGCGUCGACUUCCGCGGCGCGCCGGAGGCAGCCCGGAGCCAGAUCAACGGGUGGGCGGCUCAGGUGACGAGGAACCUCAUCGACUCGGUCCUCCCGGCGGGGUCGAUAAGCCCGGCGACCCAGGUCGUGCUCGGCAACGCCAUGUACUUCAAGGGCAAGUGGCAGGACCAGCCGUUCGACAAGAGGUACACCGCGCACAAGCCCUUCCACCGGCUCGACCACAGCCAGGUCGACGUGCCCUUCAUGCAGAGCUGGAAGUCACAGUUCGUCGCCGUGCACGACGGGUUCAAGGUACUCAAACUCCGGUACAAGAUGACGGCGCCAAAUUACCAGGAACAGGCGCAUUCUCCUCCUUUUGGCCAUGUUGAUUCUGCUGAUCACCAGGAGGAACAGGUGCCCUCUAACUCCUAUCAUAGCGGGCAUACACAGUUGUCGAUGUGCAUCUUCCUCCCGGACGCCCACGACGGUCUGCUGGGGCUUGUGGACACGAUAGCGUCCCGGCCUGGGUUCCUGCAGGACCACCUGCCGGAGGUGCAGAUCACCCUCAGCGAGUUUCGUGUGCCAAAGUUCAAGCUGUCCUUCCAGAGCAGCGUCGUUGCCGUCCUCAAGAAGCUGGGGCUCCAACUGCCAUUCUGCCUGGAAGGCGACCUAUCUGACAUGGUGGAGGACGAUGGCUCUGGCUCACCGAUUGUAGUGGAGGAUGUCAUCCACAAGGCCGUGGUCGAGGUAAACGAGGAAGGUACUGAAGCCGCCGCGGUCACUGUGGUCAAGAAGACUCCUCGAUGCGCACCAAGGGGGAGGAGGCCGCCGCCUCCACAAGUCGAUUUCAUCGCCGACCAUCCGUUUGCUUACUACAUAGUGGAGCAGGCGACCGGCGCAGUUGUCUUUGCGGGGCAUGUUGUCGACCCCUCCAAGGAGUAAUAAAAUAGCUAGCUGUUGAGUUGAAGGACCACAUUUUCUUUUCCUAGUUUUGAUUUCAGAACUGCUUUGGCUACGAGCGC